ACUGAGCCCACCUGUGCUGUGGGUCUGCCCUGCCUGGUCCUGGCCACCGGCCUCAACGAUGGGCAGAUCAAGGUCUGGGAGGUGCAGACAGGACACCUCCUCUUCAGCCUCUUGGGGCACCAGGAUGUCGUCAGAGACCUGAGCUUCGCUCCCAAUGGAAGCUUUAUCCUGGUGUCUGCCUCACGGGACAAGACCUUGCGUGUCUGGGACCUAAGCAGAGAUGGGCGGCAGGUCCAGGUGCUGACGGGCCAUGUGCAGUGGGUCUACUGCUGCUCCAUCUCCCCAGACUGCAGCAUGCUCUGCUCCGCGGCUGGAGAGAAGUCGGUGCUGCUGUGGAGCAUGCGAUCCUACACCCUCAUCCGGAGGCUGGAAGGGCACCAGAGCAGUGUGGUGUCGUGUGACUUCUCCCCAGACUCAGCACUCCUUGUCACCGCCUCCUACGACGCCUGUGUCAUCAUGUGGGACCCCUACACCGGGGAGCAGCUGAGGACGCUGCGCCACGUCCCCUUGCACUCAGCGCUGGACUACAGCAGCGAAGUCCACACCAGCUCCCUGCGCUCUGUCUGCUUCUCCCCUGAGGGCCUCUACCUGGCCACAGUGGCUGAUGACAGGCUCCUGAGGAUCUGGGCGUUGGAGCUGCGCUCUCCGGUCGCCUUUGCUCCCAUGACCAACGGCCUGUGCUGCAUGUACUUCCCGCACGGCGGUUUUAUCGCUACGGGGACCAGAGAUGGCCACGUCCAAUUCUGGACAGCUCCAAGGGUCCUCUCCUCGCUAAAGCACUUGUGUCGCAAAGCUCUGCGCACUUUCCUGACGACGUACCAGGUCCUCGCUCUCCCCAUUCCCAGGAAGCUGAAGGAAUUCCUCACUUACCGGACAUUUUAAGGCAGCACGGGAAUUGGAGGCAUGGAGGGGAGA